ACACUUGAAGAUGUCGGGAUUUUUGGAUUCCCCAGGACAUGCUGGGUUUGAGAGGAGGUCCAGCUUCAAUGUUGGGGCUCCGAGUGCUCAGGGUACCAGGGGAAGAAGGAGAAGUACAAUGGGAAGUGUUUUAAUGAAUACAGAAUCAAUCAAAGAGAGACAGCAAAAGGCUCGAGACCUGAGGGAAGUGAGGCGGUCAAGAUUGCAACCUACCCACAAAUAUGUGUUAACCAUAGUGUCCAAUCACCUGAAGCUCGACCACACAGUGGUAGAGGAUUUUGUCUUGGAUUCUGAGAGAAACCUGCAGGUGUUUGACCUGUUCCUUCAAAAGGGUGGAAGCAGAAGUUUGAAGUUUUACUAUCAAGACAGUGCAACACCAGGCUUGGAAGAGUGUGGAAGGAUUGUCCAAGGUACACCUAAAGGCACUGUGGUACCUCGGAUUUUAGUGACAAGUGGCACAGGAAAUGCCCUGCACGGCCAAUGUGUAUACUUUCUGCGUACCAAGACCGAGUUGAUCCUUAACCCAAACAAUAUAAGCGAGGAGGUAACGUUUGGAGUGCUAGAUGUGUCGCAAGAACCAGGUGUGUUGUCCGCGUUUGAGAAUAUCAUGUCUAGCAUCUUCCAGCCAUCCAUGAGGCACCUAGAGAACUGGGGAGACUUGCUGACCACACCUCAGGGAAGGAAGUCCAAGAAACAAUUCCUCGACAAUUUUGAAAACUUUUUACAAUACCUUAGAAGUAUAAAUGGUUUAGAAACAGAAGUUUGGAAUGGAUGGAAGCAUGCCUUAGGGCAUACGAUUGGAGAGAACAGGAGUAUCUGUGCCCAGGCCAAUGCUGGGGAGGGUGUACACCUAAUCAAGUGUACCAGUGACAAGAUUAACCUGUCGGAGAUCUCCACUAUCAAUCACUGUAUCGACGUGGCAGCCAACCCGGAUGUGGUCAGUGACAUGGAGGAGCUGGCUAUGGCCUGGUGUAAACAGAUAGAACAGAUUUUAGCAGAGAGUGAUCAGAUGAGAAAGGAGGCUGAUGACACAGGUCCCUUGGCAGAGCUUGACCACUGGAGACAGCUAAUGGCAAGGUUUAACGCUCUCUUGGAACAGAUCAAGAGCAACAAAUGUCGUAUGGUCAUCAACAUCAUCAACAUUGCAAGGUCCAAGGUUCUAAAGAAAUGGAAAGAGUUGGACAAGAAGAUUACUGACAAUGCUAACGAAGCCAAAGACAAUGUAAAGUUCCUGUACACGCUGGAGAAGUACUGUGAGCCACUCUACAGAUGUGAUCCGGUAUCAAUGACUGACUCCUUGCCUGGUCUAGUCAAUGCUAUCCGUAUGAUCCAUAGUAUCUCCCGCUACUACAACACCUCUGAGAGGAUGACCUCUCUCUUCAUAAAGGUGACUAAUCAGAUGGUGACCGCCUGUAAGAACUACAUCACAGACGAGGGUGUAACUCGGAUCUGGGACCAGCCCCGACAACCUCUUAUAGAGAAGCUACAGAACUGUGUCUCCCUCUACAAGAACUACCAGGCCAUCUUCCAACGCACCAAGAAAAAGAUUGAGGCUACACCUGGAGAGAAACCAUUUGAGUUUUCAGAGAUGUACAUUUUCGGGAAGUUUGAGACCUUCUGCAAACGUUUGGACAAGAUUAUCACCUUGAUGAACUCCAUCCAGGCAUUUUCAGCUUUGUCUGAGUCAAAGAUUGAGGGCAUUGAGUCUUACUCGUCCAGAUUUCUUCAGAUUUAUUCUAGCCUGAAGAAAAAGCCAUAUGACAUCCUGGAUCAUCGAAAACUGGACUUUGACAAUGACUUUGAUGACUUCAAAAGACAGCUUGGCGAUCUAGAGUCUGGAAUUCAAGUUUUCAUGGAAGGAUCAUUCUCUAAGAUGACCUCUGCCACCCAGGCUCUCACCCUCCUUUCAAGAUUUGAGACUCUCAACUUACCAAGACUGAAAAUAGAGGAAAAAUAUGCAACCAUUAUGGUGCAGUAUGGAGGAGAAAUUGAGGAAAUAAGAAAGCUGUAUAUGAAGUAUAAAGAGGAUCCACCCAUCCCGAGGAACAUGCCUCCAGUGUCGGGCAAGAUCACCUGGGCCAGACAGCUGUCACAGCGGAUACAGGAUCCCAUGGACAUCUUUGCAAUGCGGGCAAGCUGUUUGAAGACAGAAGAUGCAAAGCGAAUUAUUCGUAACUACAACAGGAUGAUGCGAGUACUCCUGGAGUAUGAGAUGCUGUACCAUGAUGCCUGGAAGAAGUCUGUAGCUGUGGCUACCAAUUUCCUACAAGCCCCUGUGCUAGUGAGACAUCCCACAAAGCAAGGAUUACUGCUGGUGAACUUUGACCCCUACAUAUUUGAGGUGAUAAAGGAGGCGGAGUACAUGAUGAAGCUGGACUUGGAGAUCCCAGAGGCAGCCACAGUACUAGUCCACUCCAGGGAUAACCUCAAGGCCCACAACAACAAACUCCAGAUGCUGCUUGAUGAAAACAAUAGCCUGAGAGCAGAUAUUCCACCGAUAUUUUUUAAUCUGCUGAGGCCUUCAUUGAGGAAGGUGGAUGUGGCAAUACGACCAGGGCUAGUGAAUCACACCUGGACAUCUCUCAGUCUGCCAGUUUACUUCGAUAUUGUGUCAAAUGCCCUGAACGAACUGGGAAUAGUUGUCAAACAGGUAAAUGACAUCAAAGUAACAAGGAUCGACAGCAUGCUUAAAGAGAUCAGUGAAACAUUACUUUGCGACCUGCCAGAGCGUGCACCAUGGACCGUCAGUCAGUUCCUCAAAAAGAUGGAGGGAUAUUGCAAAGACAUGGGACAAGAGAUCAACAAAAUGAGUCACGUGAUUGAGGAUGCAGUGGCUGAACUGAUCAGGAUCUUUUUACACAGAGCCCAGAUGGGACAGAGUGUUAUAGAUGUGGAGCCAAGUGCUGAAGCUGGCAUGGAUGUUAUGACUAUCUUUAUCGCCAAUGAAGAAAGUUCUGAUGGUCAGAGCGUGGAUGACAGUGUCAGUGACAUGUCGGACGAGCAGAACAUUCGAGAGGCUUGUGAUGAGCUGAAGGAAUCCUUUAACCAUAGACUUGUGGAGGCGCUGCUCAAAGCCACACGACACUCUCUUGAUGUGAUGAGACGUCGCUUCUUCUCUGGAGGCAGAAGGCAUGGUAUGAUGCAUUUUGAUGAAAGUGUUGGAGGUUUGAGCAGUGGUAGCAGACAAGUUCCAUUCUUCACUGCAAACAUCACUUUGUCCAUCCCUCAUGUGGUGAUGCAGCCCGGACUGGAGGAUAUACAGCACGCUCUCAACAAAGCCACACAGAUGGUAGUGGACAUCAGUAAGGAUGUGUACCAAUGGGGACAGGACCGCUCACGACAGUUCACAACAGAACACAAAGAAACCAACUCUUUUCACCCUCAUGAUCCAUUGGCUCAUAUGACAAAACUUCUGCCUCCCAUACCACUAAAGAACUACCACAAGAGUAUUGCAGACAACAAGGAUGUGUCCAAGUAUGUGAUGAUGAUGUCAUCCGCACUCAGUACACUGAAGGCAGACAUCAUGGAGGCCCUACAGAGAUACUCAGACUACGCCUUUCUAUGGGAGAAGGAUCGAGAGGAGGCUGUAACGGAGUUUGUAGCAGAAGAUCCCAUUUUGUCAGAGUACAAAGCAAAAGUUGCUAUGUUCAAGAAACUAGAAGACAACAUUGAAGACAUCCACACUUCAGAACAAGUGGGCGCUAUCGAACUCUUUACAGAACCUCUGAAGCUGGCCCUGAGGGUGGAAAUCAAGGCCUGGAAGCUUCUGUUUGGAAAAGAACUCAACAGAAAAUACCGAAGUAAAAUGGAAGAAGUCAUCAACUUCAUAGAUGACUACAGCAAACGUCUGGCUCGUCCAAUCAGAGACCUAGAAGAUGUGAGGGAGGCAAUGGCUGCCCUUACCGACAUCAGAGAAAAUACCAUACAGAUAGACAUGACAUUAGGCCCUGUGGAGGAAUCCUAUGCUAUGCUGCAUGAUUUUGAGGUGACCAUUCCCAAGGAGGAGACUGAUAAAGUGGACUCUGUCAGAUAUUCCUUCCACAAGCUCAUUGCCAGCUCAAAUCAAAUUCAAGAUGAGCUUGUCAGUGUUCAGCCCGGCUUCAAGAGUGAGUUACUGGUGUCGGUGGAGGUAUUCCAUAAAGACGUUUCUGAUUUCGGACUCAACUACGACACUGAUGGUCCCAUGUGUGAGGGCAUCACUCCAACUGAAGCUAAUGACAGACUGCAGGCUUUCCAGAGUCAGUUUGAUGAGCUGUACAACAAGUAUGGUAUCUACAGUGCUGGAGAGCAGCUGUUUGGACUGACUGUGACAGAGUACCCCAGUCUGAUGAGGAUCCGUAAGGAGCUUGGCCUGCUCCAGAAACUGUACGGCCUCUACAGCACUGUGAUGACUGUAAUCAAUGGUUACUUUGACAUUCUGUGGACAGAAGUGGACAUUGAAAAGAUCAAUGGAGAACUGAGUGAUCUGCAGAACAGAUGUCGUCGACUGCCUAAAGCACUGAAGGAAUGGCAGGCAUUUCUGGAGCUGAAGAAAAAGAUUGAUGACUUCAGUGAGUCUUGUCCAUUGCUAGAACUCAUGUCCAAUAAGGCAAUGAAGGAGCGUCAUUGGGACCGUAUCGCCAAGUUAACUGGGCACACAUUUGAUUUUGACUCAGAAAAUUUCACACUCAGGGACAUCAUGAAGGCACCCCUUCUCAAAUACAAGGAAGAUAUUGAGGAUGUGUGUAUAUCUGCUGUAAAAGAAAAGGACAUAGAAGCUAAACUGGCUGUUGUUAUUGCUGACUGGAACGGGCGAAUACUGAGCUUCUCUAACUUCAAGGCUCGUGGGGAACUACUGCUGAAAGGUGGUGAGACUUCCGAGAUCAUUGCUAUGCUGGAGGACAGCCUCAUGGUUCUCAGCUCUCUCCUAAGUAACAGGUACAAUGCCCCUUUUAAGAAGACUAUACAGGAGUGGGUGGCCAAGCUGUCCAAUACUAACGACAUCCUGGAAAACUGGCUCAUUGUACAGAACCUUUGGGUCUACUUGGAGGCUGUGUUUGUGGGCGGAGACAUUGCCAAACAGCUUCCACAGGAAGCCAAGCGAUUCCAGAACAUUGAUAAGUCUUGGGUGAAGAUCAUGUUACGUGCCCACGAGGUCACCAAUGUGGUGCAGUGCUGUGUAGGGGACGAGACCCUGGGGCAGCUAUUACCUCAUCUACUGGAACAGUUAGAACUCUGUCAGAAAUCUCUCACUGGGUAUUUGGAGAAAAAAAGACUGGUGUUCCCAAGAUUUUUCUUUAUUUCUGACCCAGCCUUGCUGGAAAUCCUUGGACAGGCCAGUGAUUCCCACACAAUCCAGGCUCAUUUGCUGGGAAUAUUUGAAAAUGUGAAUGAGGUCGAGUUCCACGAAAAGGAUUAUGACAGAAUGAUGGCUGUCGUCUCCAGAGAAGGAGAAAAGAUUAUGUUGGAGACAGAGAUCAAUGCCAAGGGUAAUGUGGAGAUGUGGCUUGGAGAACUACUGUAUCAACAACAGAGAUCACUACACGGCGUCAUCAGGGACGCAUUCCGCAACAUCAACACACCUGAGUUCGAGCUGCUGGGAUUCCUUGCCAACUUUCCUGCUCAGGUUGGUUUACUAGGCAUCCAGAUGAUAUGGACUAGAGAUGCCGAGAUUGCGCUGCAGCAUGCUCGCAGUGACAAGAAAAUUAUGCAAACGACCAACCAACGCUUCCUGGAUAUGCUCAACAAGCUGAUAGAACAGACAACUCAUGACCUCACUAAGGUGGAAAGAGUCAAGUACGAGACACUUGUCACAAUCCACGUUCACCAGCGUGACAUAUUUGAUGACUUGACGAGGAUGCACAUUAAGUCAGUAACAGACUUUGAGUGGUUGAAGCAGGCCAGGUUUUACUUCAAGGAGGACACAGACCAAUGUAUAGUCCAAAUCACAGAUGUAGACUUUAUCUACCAGAAUGAGUUCCUUGGCUGUACAGACCGACUUGUCAUCACCCCACUCACUGAUAGGUGUUACAUCACACUGGCUCAGGCUUUGGGAAUGUCUAUGGGUGGAGCACCUGCUGGGCCUGCUGGAACAGGGAAAACAGAAACCACUAAAGACAUGGGCAAGGCUCUUGGCAAAUACGUUGUCGUCUUCAACUGUUCGGAUCAGAUGGACUUUAGAGGUCUUGGCCGAAUCUACAAAGGACUUGCCCAGUCUGGAUCAUGGGGAUGUUUUGAUGAGUUCAACAGAAUUGAGUUGCCUGUAUUGUCUGUAGCUGCACAGCAGAUCUACAUAGUUCUGGUCGCCAAAAAGGAGAGAAAGAAGGAGUUCAUUUUCACUGAUGGAGACAAUGUUGAUCUGAACCCAGAAUUUGGUCUCUUCAUCACCAUGAACCCUGGGUAUGCCGGUCGUCAGGAGCUGCCUGAGAAUCUGAAGGUCCAGUUCAGGACAGUAGCUAUGAUGGUUCCUGACCGUCAGAUCAUCAUGAGGGUCAAGUUGGCCAGUUGUGGUUUCCAGGAAAAUAUCAUCCUGGCCCAGAAAUUCUACACCCUGUACAAGUUGUGUGAGGAGCAGCUUUCCAAACAGGUGCAUUAUGAUUUUGGUUUGAGGAACAUCCUGUCUGUGUUGAGAACACUCGGAGCCAAUAAGAGAGCUCGUCCCAAUGACACUGAGAGCACUAUCGUGAUGAGAGUGUUGAGAGACAUGAAUCUCUCCAAACUGGUCGAUGAAGAUGAGCCGCUGUUCAUGAGUCUGAUUGCUGACUUGUUCCCGGGAAUCACCCUCGACAGUGCCACAUACGCCGAACUACAGGUUGCUAUUGGCAACCAGGUGGAUAACGCUGGUCUCAUCAACCAUCCUCCCUGGAAUCUGAAACUUGUCCAGUUGUUUGAAACCCAACGUGUCCGUCAUGGUAUGAUGACACUGGGACCAAGUGGUGCAGGCAAGACGUGCUGUAUCUACGCGCUGAUGAAGAGUAUGGCGGACUGUGGUACGCCUCACAGGGAGAUGAGGAUGAACCCCAAGGCCAUCACAGCUCCCCAGAUGUUUGGACGUUUGGACGUGGCUACCAAUGAUUGGACAGAUGGUAUCUUCUCCACACUCUGGAGAAGAACACUCAAGGCAAAGAAAGGCGAGAAUGUUUGGCUGGUUCUCGACGGCCCUGUGGACGCCAUCUGGAUUGAGAACUUGAAUUCUGUAUUGGAUGAUAACAAGACAUUGACCCUAGCUAACGGAGAUCGUAUACCAAUGUCCCCAGCUUGUAAGAUUGUAUUUGAGGUGCACAACAUUGACAACGCGUCUCCCGCCACUGUCUCCAGAAACGGCAUGGUGUACAUGAGCUCCUCUGCUCUUGACUGGAGACCUAUUCUCCAGGGUUGGCUGAAGACACGGACGCCACAGGAGAGUGAAGUCUUGAUGAAUCUGUUUGACAAUAUCUUUGAUGAUUUAUACAACUAUGUCACUAAUAGUCUGGUCAAGAAGAUGGAUGUUCUACAGUGCAAUCAGAUCAAACAGGCGUGUGAUCUACUGGAAGGUCUGAUCCCCAAGCGAGAUGACAAGAGUGGUCUGCCUGCCUCCCAGCUGGAGAAACUGUUCAUUUUCUGUCUCAUGUGGAGUUUGGGUGCCUUGCUGGAACUGGACGGCCGGGCUAAGAUGGAAGAGUUCAUCACAAACCAUGAGUGUUCCUUGAACCUGCCACCUGUUCAGGAGGAGGAAACCAUCUUUGAGUAUGUCAUGGAUGACAAAGGUGAAUGGGAGCACUGGUCUAAGAGAGUCGAGGAAUAUAUCUACCCAUCCGACUCUGUACCAGAAUUUUCGUCCAUCCUUGUACCAAAUGUGGACAAUGUCCGUUCUAACUUCCUUAUUGACACCAUUUCUAAACAACACAAGGCUGUACUACUGAUAGGAGAACAGGGAACAGCUAAAACUGUGAUGAUCAAAGGCUACAUGGCUAAGUAUGACCCUGAUCUCCACCUCGGCAAGAGUUUCAACUUUUCCUCUGCCUCCACACCGAUGAUGUUCCAGAGAACAGUGGAGAGCUAUGUAGACAAGAGGAUGGGAAGUACUUAUGGCCCACCAGGAGGCAGGCAUAUGACCGUGUUUGUGGAUGACAUCAACAUGCCUAUCAUCAAUGAAUGGGGAGAUCAGAUAACCAAUGAGAUCACACGUCAGAUGAUGGAGAUGCAUGGUAUGUACAGCUUGGACAAGCCCGGUGAUUUUAUAUCCAUCGUCGACCUCCAAUUUGUGGCUGCCAUGAUCCACCCUGGUGGUGGACGUAAUGACAUCCCUCAGCGUCUCAAACGACAGUUCUCCAUCUUCAACUGCACACUCCCCUCAAACAAUUCCAUAGACAAGAUCUUUGGCAUCAUAGGGUGUGGCUAUUUCUGUCCAGAGAGAUUUCAGACUGAAGUGUGUACACUGACUAAAGAACUGGUACCAGCCACUCGUAUACUGUGGCAAAUGACAAAGAUAAAGAUGUUACCAACACCUGCCAAAUUUCACUACAUCUUUAACCUGAGAGAUUUGUCGAGGAUCUGGCAGGGCAUGCUGACCAUCCAAGGGGAUGAGUGUCAAAAUCAGGCCACUCUUCUAGCUCUGUGGAAACACGAGUGUACCAGGGUCAUCGCAGACAGGUUCACCAACCAUGAGGAUAAGUUGUGGUUUGAAAAUGCCUCGGUGAAUGUAAUGAAAAACCACCUGGGGGAGGAGUAUGCUACUUUGUGUCCAAAUGAACCGUACUUUGUAGACUUUCUGAGAGAACCCCCAGAGCCGACAGGGGAAGAGGCAGAUGAUGCUGUCCUUGAUGCUCCCAAGAUAUACGAGGCAAUUCCUGACUAUAAUUUCCUGAAUGAGAAGCUACUAGGCUACAUGUCACAGUACAAUGAAAUGGUGAGGGGUGCUCACAUGGAUCUCGUCUUUUUCAAGGAUGCCAUGGUCCAUCUCAUCAAGAUUUCAAGAAUCAUCCGUACCCCUCGAGGAGCAGCCCUGUUGGUGGGAGUUGGAGGUUCGGGUAAACAGUCUCUUACUCGCCUGGCUUCCUUCAUUGCUGGCUACAAAAUAUUCCAGAUCACUCUCACAAGGUCCUACAAUGUGACCAACCUAAUGGAGGACCUCAAGUUCCUGUAUCGUACAGCAGGAGGACAGGGACAAGGGAUCACCUUCCUCUUCACUGACAACGAGAUCAAAGACGAGUCUUUCCUAGAGUACCUCAACAAUGUACUCAGCUCCGGAGAGGUCUCUAACCUGUUUGCAAGAGAUGAGCUGGACGAGAUAACCCAGGAGCUCAUUUCUGUGAUGAAAAAAGAAUUUCCUCGUCGAGCUCCGACCCAGGAAUCACUUUAUGACUACUUCAUCUCCCGUGCUCGUAGUAACCUUCAUACUGUUCUCUGCUUCUCUCCAGUUGGAGAGAAGUUUCGUAACAGAUCUCUGAAGUUUCCUGGACUCAUAUCAGGUUGUACUAUGGAUUGGUUUAGUCGCUGGCCCAAAGAUGCUCUGAUUGCUGUGUCUGGACAUUUCCUCAACAGUUUUGACAUCACUUGUACAAAGGAAACAAAAUCCCAACUUGUGCACAGCAUGGGUUCUGUCCAUGAUAAUGUCGCCUCGGUUUGUGUGGAAUAUUUUCAGAGGUAUCGACGUCAGACACACGUGACACCUAAAUCCUACCUGUCUUUCCUGGAUGGUUACAAGAGUGUGUACAGUAAUCAACAUUCGGACAUAGCAGAGAUGGCACGGAGAAUGAACACAGGCUUGGAGAAGCUGAUCGAGGCAAGCGCAUCCGUGGAUGUUCUGUCUAAGGAACUGGCUGUCAAGGAAAAAGAGUUGGGUCAGGCUAAUAUUCGGGCAGAUAAGGUAUUGGCUGAGGUCACUGUUAGUGCCCAGGCUGCUGAGAAAGUGAAAAGUGCUGUACAAACUGUGAAGGAUCGUGCCCAGAAGAUCGUAGAUGAGAUCAACUCUGAGAAAACAGUGGCUGAAGCAAAAUUGGAGGCAGCCAAACCUGCAUUGGAGGAAGCCGAGAAUGCCCUCAAGACAAUCAAACCGUCUGACAUUGCCACGGUGAAGAAGCUGGGUAAACCACCUCACCUUAUUAUGAGGAUUAUGGACUGUGUGCUGAUUCUCUUCCAGAAGAGAGUUGACACUGUAACACCUGACCCUGAACGAGUUUGUCCGAAACCCUCCUGGAGUGAAUCACUGAAGCUGCUGAGCGGUUCGUCAUUCCUGACAACACUGCAGUCUUUCCCCAAGGACACCAUCAAUGGUGAGACAGUGGAGCUGCUGGCACCGUACCUUAACAUGGAAGAUUACACCUUUGAGACGGCCAAGAAAGUGUGUGGCAGUGUGGCUGGUCUGCUGUCCUGGACCACAGCCAUGUCCUUCUUCUAUGGCAUCAACCGUGAAGUACUGCCACUAAAGGCCAAUUUAGCAAAGCAAGAGGCUCGCCUCCUUGUGGCCACUAAUGAGCUGUCCACAGCUCAGGGACAGCUGGAUGAUAAACAGAAAGAACUUGAUGCUGUCCAGGCUAUGUACGAUGCAGCCAUGCAAGAAAAACAGGACUUGCUGGAUGAUGCAGAGUCCUGUAGGAGGAGAAUGACUGCUGCCUCAACCCUCAUCGGGGGUUUAGCUGGGGAGAAGGUUCGAUGGACUCAACAGAGCAAGCUUUUCAAAUCCCAGAUAGAGAGACUGGUUGGAGAUGUCCUAAUGUGUACAGGUUUCCUGUCCUACUCGGGACCAUUUAACCAGGAAUUCCGUACCAAGCUGCUCAAUAACUGGCAGAAGGAGUUAUCCCACCGACAUAUUCCCUUCACAAAUGACCUCAACCUCAUCACAAUGCUUGUUGACAAUGCCACAAUAGGUGAGUGGAAUAUCCAAGGUCUGCCUAAUGAUGAGCUGUCCAUACAGAAUGGUAUUGUCACUACCAAAGCAUCCCGCUAUCCUCUGCUGGUAGACCCUCAGGGCCAGGGCAAAACAUGGAUCAAGAACAGAGAGAAAGAUCGCGACCUCCAGGUCACCUCUCUGAACCACAAGUACUUCCGUACCCAUCUUGAGGAUGCCUUGUCUCUGGGACGCCCUCUCCUGCUAGAAGAUGCUGAGGAGGAACUUGACCCAGCUCUUGACAAUGUCUUGGAAAAAAAUUUCAUCAAAUCAGGUUCAACAUUCAAAGUCAAAGUAGGAGACAAAGAAUGUGAUGUGAUGAAUGAUUUUUACCUGUAUAUCACCACCAAACUGCCAAACCCUUCCUACACUCCAGAAGUGAGUGCCAGGACAGCCAUCAUCGACUUCACUGUCACUAUGAAGGGUUUAGAGGAUCAGCUACUAGGUCGCGUCAUCAUGACAGAGAAAAAUGAACUGGAGGCUGACCGUGCCAAACUCAUGUUAGAUGUUACAGUGAACAAGAGGAAGAUGCAGGAAUUGGAGGAUAAUCUUCUGUACAAACUCACCAGCACUAAGGGCUCACUGGUGGACGAUGAGUCCCUCAUACAAGUACUGUCCAACACCAAGGUCACUGCAGCUGAGGUCAGUGAGAAAUUGACUGUGGCCGCAGAAACUGAGAUCAAGAUCAAUGAAGCCAGAGAGGAGUACAGACCCGUGGCCACACGAGGUAGUAUCUUGUAUUUCCUCGUCUGUGACAUGAGUAUGGUCAACAAGAUGUACCAGACUUCCCUCAAACAGUUCCUUGGCCUAUUUGACAUCUCUAUGCAAAAAUCUGAGAAAAGCCCAGUACCAGCCAAGAGGAUCAACAACAUCAUAGAGUUCCUGACAUAUGAGGUUUUCCGUUACACCUGUCGUAGUUUAUAUGAGGAGCACAAGUUCCUCUUCACACUGCUUGUUACCUUCAAAAUCAACAUACAGAAGGGACAGGUUAGACCCAAGGAGUUCCAGACAUUCAUCAAAGGUGGUGCUGCAUUGGAUCUGAAUGCUGUCACUCCAAAACCAGCACGGUGGAUCAUGGACAUGACAUGGCUCAAUCUCGUACAGCUCAGCGGACUCCCUCAAUUCAGUGAGAUUCUAAAUCAGGUAUCCCGCAACGAAAAAGGAUGGAAAGCAUGGUUUGAUACCGAGGCUCCAGAGGAGGAGCAGAUCCCAGACGGUUACAGUGCUUCACUUGAUUCCUUCCGCAAACUGCUGCUCAUCAGAUCCUGGUGUCCAGACAGAACCAUUCCUCAGGCCAGAAAGUUUAUUGGGGACGCAAUGGGUUUGCAAUAUGCAGAAUCCGUCAUACUCAACUUAGAGGCAACAUGGCAAGAGAGUGACAACAGAACACCCCUCAUAUGUCUACUGUCUAUGGGAUCCGACCCAACCAACCAGAUAGAAGGGCUCUGUAAGAAGCUAAAUCUAGAAUUCCGAGCUAUUUCCAUGGGACAAGGUCAGGAAGUUCAUGCCAGAAAACUAAUUAGUCUCUUCAUGCAGUCUGGUGGGUUCGCCAUGCUACAGAACUGCCAUCUUGGUCUGGAUUUCAUGGAUGAGUUACUGGAGACAAUUGUAGAGACCCAGCAAGUCCAUGAGGAGUUUCGAGUGUGGAUCACGACCGAGGUCCAUCCUGCCUUCCCCAUCAGUCUUCUACAGUCUUCCAUCAAAUUUACAAAUGAACCACCACAGGGCAUCAAGGCGGGUCUGAAGCGUACGUACGCAGGCAUCACACAGGACUAUCUAGAUAUCAAUACCUUGAUGCAGUGGAAACCUAUGUUGUUUGGAGUCUCCUUCCUUCACACAGUGGUACAGGAGAGGAGAAAGUUUGGGCCACUUGGUUGGAACAUUCCCUACGAGUUCAACUCAUCUGAUUGGACGGCCAGUGUACAAUUUGUUCAGAACCACCUGGAUGAUAUUGAUCCUAAAAAGGGUAUAUCUUGGACCACGGUGCGGUACAUGUUAGGAGAGGUACAGUAUGGUGGUCGAGUUACUGAUGACUAUGACAAGCGCCUCCUCAAUACAUUUGGAAGGGUGUGGUUUGGAGACUUCAUGUUCCUGGACAGUUUCCAGUUCUAUAUUGGAUACAAGAUCCCCAAAGUAAAGGGUAUUGAUGACACCAUGGCCUUCAUAGAAAACCUGCCAUUGGUCGACUCCCCAGAGGCUCUGGGCCUUCACACCAACGCUGACAUCACGUAUCAGACCAACUUAAGUACUUCUGUUCUGGAGACAAUGAUGAGCAUCCAGCCCAAGGACAGUGGUGGGGGAGCUGGGGAGACCAGGGAGAGCAUUGUAUACAAGAUGGCGUCAGACAUGCUUAGCAAACUACCAGGCAACUACUUACCACACGAGGUGCGUGAUCGACUGAGGCGUUAUGGACACCUGCAGCCCCUCAACAUCUUCCUCAAGCAGGAAAUUGACCGAAUGCAGAGGGUGAUCUAUGAAGUAAGAAUUACACUGACAGAUCUCAGGCUUGCUAUUGACGGAACCAUCAUCAUGAGUGAGAAUCUGCGUGAUGCGUUGGACAACAUGUUUGAUGCACGAGUGCCCAGUCUGUGGAGAAAGAUUUCCUGGGAGUCCUCAACACUAGGCUUCUGGUUCACAGAGUUACUGGAGAGGAACGAGCAGUUCUACGCCUGGGUGUUUGUUGGCCGGCCUGAUGUAUUCUGGAUGACGGGAUUCUUCAAUCCUCAAGGUUUCCUGACAGCUAUGAGGCAAGAAGUGACCCGAGCACACAAAGGCUGGGCCCUUGAUUCUGUUACUCUCCACAACGAUGUUUUACGACAGAACAAGGAGGAUAUCUCAUCAGCACCUCCAGAGGGUGUGUAUGUUUAUGGCCUUUUCCUGGACGGUGCAGCCUGGGACAGGAGGAACAGUCGUCUGUGUGAGUCCACACCCAAAGUACUGUUCACUGCCUUGCCAGUUGUCCAUAUGUUUGCUAUCAACUCUACUGCCCCCAAGGACCCACGCCUCUAUCAAUGUCCGGUUUACAAGAAACCCAACCGUACAGAUCUCACCUACAUCACUUUCGUUGUGCUUAAGACCAAUCAGAACCCAGACCACUGGAUCCUACGUGGAGUGGCAGCUCUGUGUGACAUCAAAUAGUCUCUGUUAAUAUCUCGGUGAUGUUAUAAACACAUUGACAUUUCUAACAUCACACUUAACCUUAGGUAAUUAUACGAUCUGGCAGUAUAUAUGGAUGAAUCUGAUUUGUUCUCUAAAGAACCCUCUUGUAUUUAUAUCAUUGAGUCCAGUCGAAAAUAUUAUAACAAUAACUAAACUUUCUUUAAAUGUUGACAACAAACAAUAUUUUUGCAUGAUCAUCGGAAAAGUUCUAUCUAAUAUAUUUUUACAAAGUUUUAUGUAUUGCAUUUUUUUUUUAAUUCUAUAUUUUUAAUUUAUUAUGAGUAUUUAAUGUUGAAUAAACAUGUUCUGUUA